UCCCAGGAUCACCAAAGUACCGAACCAUCGACGGGGGGUAAUGCAAUUCCUCUUCGAUUUCGGAAACUAUUUGAAAGGGAUCGUAAUGGAGACGUUGCGUUUAGAAUAAGUUUGGAAGUUGGGCGGAUUAAAUCGCUUUCGUCCUGGCGUCUCGCGAGGAUCCCGACACACGCUUCCCCUUAUCCUGCCCCGUCGGAAAAUUCGCUCGUAAUCGCAAAAACGUAUGCCGGUAGGACACCAAUCCGAGGACGACGGCUACAUGAGCAUGAAUGGUCGGAAGGCGAAGAUGGCACUGGUAGCGUUACGUCCGGUUCCGGAUUGUCCAGAGCCACAGGAUCCCGCGGGUGUCUCCACGCAGGAAUUCCCGCCGCCCCCGGAAGAGGCCGAGCGUAUCAUCUCGACCCUUCUGCCGAUGGUCUCGCCAGGAAACUCGUCAAAGAGGAAUGUCGUGGGCCAAGCCUCGGAGCGACGAAAUAACGUCGGCGGCCGGCAGCAGUGGAUGGUGGCCGUGGAGGAUAGCAUGCGUCACGGGAACGCGGUUACCACGCAAACCACUCUCCCGAAAACCCGCCACCAGCGGCCGUACGGCUGGGAGAACGGAACCGUGGAGUCGCUGCGGUUAGCCCAGCCACCCAGUCCGCCCAGUAAAUUCGCCAGCUUGCCGUACGACGGCAAGGUAUCGUUCAACUGGAUCCCGCCUCGUACGAAUCCGAGCGCGGUGGAGAAGCACCGAGAGGUGCGCCGCCGUUCCUCGGAGGAAUGCUUGGAGGACGAGAGUGGCGGCUGCCAGCGGCAGGGCAGCCCCGAUCGCGGCAAUCACCACCCGAGGAAGCAGCAACGCCAGCAGAACGAGAUCACCAAGUCGAGCAGCGUGGAGGACCGCCUGCUGAUGAACAGGUCGGACAAGGAGUCGACGCGCCGCAGCCGCAACGACUCGGAUUCGAGCGAGGGCCGGUUCUCGAGGAACUCCGAAUCCGAGAGCCGGUCCUCGAUACCGCGCUCCAGCUCGGUCAGCGUCGAGCGGUUCUCCAUGCGGGCCAACUGCGACUCGUCUGACUUCUCGCGCGCCAACUCCACGUCGAACGAGCGCUUCCACUCGGACUUCUCGAUCGCGGUGGCGAGCGCGAGCUCGAACGAUCACGUGUCCGUGCCGACCUCCGAGCCGUUCUCCAUACGCAACCUCGACUUCGUUUCGUUCGCGCUGCCGCGCGCGGACUCGAGCGAGCGCUUCUCCGCGCCCGCGUCCGACCGCUGCUCCGAGGAGCGCUACUCCGACCUGUUCUCCACGCGUAACUCCGACUUCUCCGCGCGAAACUCGGCUGACUUUAGGACGCAAUCCGAGGAGGAGCGUUUUUCCGACGACUCCCUGGAGGAGCUGCUGCCGCCACCGCCGCCCAUCAGCAAGAGACACUCUAUCGCGUGGGAGGUCUCUCUGGAGGACGAUCCUCUGUACGCGCCCGGUAGCACCAAGGUUGUCGGCAGGAGACGACGAAAGAGCAGCGAUGUGUCAAGUGUAGGUUCCGCAUCGAAGCUGCGCGAUUUCGACGACUGGCAGGAUCAGCGACUGUCGACGACCGACGACGAUCUGAUCUCACCGUACUCGGACUCGUCCACGAACGAUCUGGAUCAGAUACGGCCACAGGAGCUUACGAAAAACGGCACCUACGUUAUACGGCGCGGUCGCAAGAAGGAGCGCAAAGUUCUACCGAAAACACCGACCAAGACCAAGAGUCUGUCCUUUGAGAACGGGAGCGAGGAAGGGAGCCGAUUGUCGGACGUGAAACGAUACUCGAGUACCUUCGACAACAUCAAGAGCCUGCUGAAGGAGGGCAAGUUGGAGGGCCUGGACGAGCCACCGGCGGAAUUCGCGCUGCCAGUGCCACCGCCGGAUCUCAUCCGGGUCGUGUCAAUGCCGGCGAUCAACAACGACGCCGGCAGUCGGGCCCAGCUGGAGAUUACCGUGGAGGAGGAGGAGGCGUCUGACAUCUCGGACAAGGACAAGGAGCGCGACAACCUCGACCUACCUCGGCUACCACCUUCGCCGAUCGAAGACGAAAUUGGUUACCGCCUGGACCGAUCGAGAAACUGCAACGGUAUCCCGACGGCGCCUAACUUGGCGGAUCUAGAUGUCGGCAGGUCGUCGGUGAAUAGCGCGCUCGCCGAGGUGACGACGAAGAAGAAACUCGCGUGCGCUGUGAGCGACGAGCGACUGGCCUCUAAGAUCCCGGUGAACCUGCUGAUAGAGGAUCAGAUCGUGAAGAAGGCGCUCAAGGAGAAUCGUCGGCAGCUGGAGAAGGUGAGCGACGCGAUUAAGGAGAUCGAGAACGUGAAGAACAGCGAGUCUUACUGCGAGAGUAAACGCUGGCGAAACGGCGACCUGAAGCAGAGCUCGAAACGAAAUAGCUUCGAGAGCGAUUUCCCGCCGGUCCACGACGGUCGGAAACCCGUGACGAUUGACGGCAGUCCUUACGACGGCAGGUCGCGCAGCAGGCAGCAGCAACAGCAAUACAGCUCCGACUCCGAAACGUCCAAGGCCAGCUCAGACGCGGACUUCGCGGACCGGAGGAAACUCAACGGCGCCAGCGACGUCGUCUACUCGUCCGGCAGGCGGCUACGCCAGAAUGGUAUCGAGAACCACAAGAACGAUCAGAAGCAGAUCGAGAACGUGAUCGACGCUAUUCUGGAGGACUCGAAGAAUCCGGAAUUCCAGGUGAGCGUCGACGUGAUGGAGUUCCCGCCGUUGCCGCCCUCGCCCGUUGAGGAAGCUGACGAGGAGAGCUGCUCGGACGUUGGCCAGAGCGCCGCGAUGACGCCACCGAAGUCCAAGAGUCACAGCAGCAGCCGGACCGUGGAGUACAGGCCGAGGGUGCCACCCCAUCGUGUUCCGCCGGUCAUCGACCCGAAAGAGCAGGCUUCCUUGAACACCAGGUCCAUGGAUGCCGGCUUUGCCAGGGGAAGACGCACACCGACCACCAGUAAUUCCAGGCGAGAGGUGCCCGUGGAGCGGAGAACUCUGCCCACCGAUUUGCCAGGACCGUCCCGCCGGCGACCAUUCACGAAAAGGCACUCGCCAUCGGCGGAGGCGUGCUCCUCCGGGGGUAGCAGCGGCGGCGGUGGUACCGGCGGCAGCGUCGUUACCGGCACCGGUUCCGGUAUGCAGACGUCGUGUUCCCUGCCGGAGACCCCGGUGUUCGCCAGAGGUAGCGACAUCCCCAGAACGCCGCAGCACGCCGGUAACCCCACGCAGUCGAGGCGACAACCCGGCUGGUACGCACCCACCACAGCUACCGGCUAUCGACGGAACAAUCCCGGUCUGGAGCAGGCUAUAAUCGGCACCGAGCUACUCCGGCUGGCGGGAGGGCCGAAUCGCGGAUGGUAUCCCACCAGGAAGGCGAACCAGCCGCGACCGGCGUCCAUCGAGCACCUCGAGCGGCUGAACAACGCCUACGACGCACGGCUGCCGAGCACCGGGGACCAGAGAAAGCCGCUGACCCUACCUACGAACAUCACACCCAACAAAUACUUCGGCCAAAGUAAGCACAGCUCCGCCUCCAGCACUCGCGAGGCGCUACGGAGGGUCACUAGCUUGCUCAUCAAGAAAGGUAAGCGCCGGGGAUUCGCGCUGUUAGAAAGAGAAAAACACCACGCCUGAACACGUUUGGCGCGUGGCGUAGCUCGGGAAUAACGCGACGUCUUCGGCGACUCUGAGACUCACCCUGUUUGCGUUCAAGCUGGAUUUCACGGUCCCGUUUUCCGUUUUCUUGUUUUUUUUCUCCUCGGCACAGUGCUAUUAUGAAUUCAUCGUACGAUUAAACGCACGUUGAGAAGAACGUGCGAAUAAACGGCGACAUCCUGGAACUCCUGGAAGAAUUAUCCUCUGAUAUGUUAGCAGUAUUUGUAAUAGUAUUACUGGUGGACCGUAGAAUGUUACUUGGUACGCAAACGUGGAUGUGAAUUUCUAGUAUCGUCGUGAAAAAGAGAUAUUGUAAGCAAUAAGCGACAUUUUUCGUUCACUUAUAUGUUAUUAGAGUGUCUCUUUUACGUUAUUUUGCGUUGUGGAAACCCUGAUAGAAAUAUUUUGUUAAUAGUACUAUGAGAUCGAUGAAAAGUGAAGUUAAAAAAUUGUGGAAAAAUUAUGUAUCUCAAAAUAAAUCACUAUCAAGUUUCCUGAAAUGUGACGUAAUCUAUGAAAUAUAAGGAAAGUUAGAGUGUACUGUUGAAAAAUAAUUUUUUACUGAAUUUUUUCUGAAAUAUUGAUGAAAUACAAUGAGGUUAAUUGAGAGAGAUUUUAAAAUACAUUUCAACAAUAUUUUAUUAUACUUUCAAUAAAAUAUUUCCACCGGGGAAGUUAGUUAGUUUAUUGGAAAGUAGUUCGUUUAAAUUUUAAGAAAAAAUAUUUCAAAUUCGGUUAGACUGUAUACUGCUUCUCUCUUUAAAAAUUAUUAUAUAAUAUUUACAAAAUAAUUUUUGUUAGAUCAGUACAUGAUUUUAUUCAAAGAAUAUUACUGAGAAUUAUACUAAAAAGAAUUUCACGGAAUAAUUUUAAAUUUUGUUAUUAAACAAAUUAACAUGUCCACUAUAUUUUCUAUCAGUUUCUUAAUAUGUUUUACAUUUUAACAUAGAAAAGAUCAAUAACAAUAGCAAAUGUAGCAGUGCAAAAUGACUUAAUUGCUCCAUAACUCUUUCCUUUUAUAUUUAAUUAAAAAAUAUCUCUUUGAUUUACCAAUACUUUUAUUUGUUCUUAUUGCUCGAACAAAUCACUUACGUCGUGUUUCCUAAAGAUUUCGCUAUUUGAAAGCCCGUAAUCUUUGAUAAGUAACCUGCGGAAGAGUUCUCUAACUUGUAUCGUGUGACCUUUCGUGGCAUUUGAGUGCCACUGAUUUAACGCUGUCUCAUUCUGUAACAUUCUCGGAAUGCUUGCUUUUAAGUAACUUUCACUAUUGCUACACAAUCAUUAAGAAAUUAAUUUUUAUCUGUGCAUAUGUUAAUUACUCAAUGUGUAUUCGAUGUCCCAACUCCCAAAUAGCUUCAAUGAACUCAUAUAAAGUUUGGCGUGAAAAUACAUGUAUCUUCACACUUUUCAUUAUUCGAUGUUGAUUGAAAUACACUUAUCGACAAUCGAUUCUUAAACAAUUGAAAAAUUCUUUUAUUACACUCGCGUGUGUAACUUUUCAUGCCACUUUUUUCAAAUAUCUAACUUCUCUGUGUCUAUUUCACAUACAUUUCACACACAUUUCAUUUGUUGCAUGCGGUAUUUCUGCAAUAUCUUCAAUCUUUUCCGUAAAAUUUACUGGAACGUAAUUAAUCAAUUUAUUACUUCCUCUAUGUAGAUUUAGAAAUGAUUUAGAAGUAAGUUAGUAAUAAACUGAUGCAUGUCUGACAUGUAGUUAAAUACAAAAGUGUUGUGUAUAUCAUAGAGUUUGACUAUUAAUUAUAAUAUUUAUGAUUCACUGCGAAUGUUAAAUAUGCAUAUGCAUAAUUCGACAAUACAAAUUGCACUUUAAUAGUUUUUACCGACUGUUGAUUUAUAUCAAUCGUCGAUAACUCCAACUACACUUUCAUACUUGAAAUUUUCAGUUUUAUCGACAAUAUACUAAAGUGCUUUCCAAGUACAGUUUUUAUUUUCAUCAAAAAUUCUUUACAAUUAAUCAAAUUAAAGUACAGAAAUACUGAUAAAUGCACGAUCAAUUCUCGAGGAACAAAAUGACUAUGUCUCUGACUAUGUUUACACGGCACCCUUAUGGCUCAUUCAGACUGAACGCGAUGAGCGAUGAGCGACGCGCAAUAUCCAAUGGGCGUGCAGUCUUUAUAGAAAAACUGUACGCUUUCCCAUAAAACCUGUACGCUGAUUGGAUAAUCGUGCGUCUCUCGUCGUUCAUCGCGUCUAGUCUGAAUGAGGCUGGAUUCACAUGGAGCGUAACUUGCGUAAGGGUGGAGU